GUGAUAUAACGAGAUCAGUUAGGAGUCAUGGAAUCCAAAACGAGAAAUGAGAUUAGUAUCGACUUAUAUAACAGAUUCUUCUAUGCGUCCGUGUGUCACGUUUGCAAACGGUUUGGUGACGACUUCUGUUUAAUGCCGUGCUCCCGUUGCAAAUUGAUCUACUAUUGUGGUCCGGAGCAUCAUGAGCAACACUGGGAGCAACACAAAUUGUUAUGCAACGCCGUAGAGGACGUGUUGCAAAUCUCCAGCGCGGAAGAUUGUGGUGAAACGUUGAAGAAGUGGGAUAACAACAGCAAAAUUACAUUCAUGUGGCUAGUUUCAGAGAAGCUAGGUCGUCCCCUGGAGCGGUACGAGAAGCAAAUGCUCCAGUUUCCUAGAGAGUGCCUCGUCUGCCAGGAACUGGACGUUCAGUUGCUGGAGGAUUGUCGGGACUGCGCUGCGAGCUACUGCAAAAAUCACAUAGACAGUAUUGAGCACAGGGAAACCUGCUCGCCCCUGGCAUUGUGUUUUCGUUUAAAUUUAGCAACUUUAAAAAUAAAAUAGACUAUCCUACGACUCUGCAUUUCUCGCAACAGGUUUCCAGCACGAGUACGUUU